AUGCCAUCAAUAGACAACGAGAUCAAGGGCCGCCUGGCCCUCGUGACAGGCGCAUCAGGAGGCAUCGGCGGCGCCUGCGCCAAGGACCUCUUCGCCGCCGGCGCGAACCUGGCCCUGACGUACUCGAGCAACAAGGCCGCCAUGGACGCCCUCCUCGCCGAGCUGCAGGCCCAGCCGCAGUGGGCCAGAGCCAGGGUGACGUCCCACCAGGCCGACAUGGCCAGCGCGGACGACAUCCAGCGGCUCUUCGCCGAGAUCAGGUCGCAGCACGGCCAGGAGGGGCCCGACAUCCUCGUGUCCAACGCCGGGUACGGCAAGCGCAUCCCCGACAUCCUCGACAUACCCAUCGACGAGUUCGACCACACCCUCACGGUAAACCUGCGCGCCUCCUUCAUCCUCACCAAGCUGGCCGUGCCGCACAUGAAGAGCGCGGGGUGGGGCCGCGUCGUCUUCAUCGGGAGCCUGGCCGCUUCGGGCGGGGGGAUCAACGGGUGCCACUACGCCGCGUCCAAGGCGGGCUUGCAAGGGAUGAUGCGGAACCUCAGCCGGAAGCUGGCCGGGUUCGGGAUUACUGUGAAUGACGUCGCGCCCGCCAUGAUCGGGGACACGGGCCUGAUCCCGGACGAGAAGACGGUCGCGGGGACGCCGGGGGACCCGCGGAAUAUCCCCGUCGGCAGGCUGGGCAGCCCGCAGGAGGUGGCUAAUAUGGUUACCAUGUGCUGCCGGACGGGGUAUCUUACUGGGCAGAGCAUGUUGCUUAGUGGGGGGUUGAUGUAG